UCUUCCGGACCAGACGUGAUUGACUGACUUCGGAGGGAGUGGACGGGGGGCUCCCGCUGAUUUUCGGCGUCACAUUUUCCUCGACUUUUUACAGAUUGAAUUGUUUUCUUCCAUCUGAAUCCAACUGGAAGGAUUUGCUGCGUUUUUACACGGAUCAGGAAGCUGUGACGGCCGUGGUUUGAGGAAAGGAACAUGGCUUCCCAGGCUGAUUUGAUGGAGCUUGACAUGGCUAUGGAGCCUGACCGGAAGGCAGCAGUCAGCCACUGGCAGCAACAGUCCUACCUGGAUUCAGGCAUCCAUUCAGGGGCUACGACUACAGCACCCUCCCUCAGCGGGAAAGGAAAUCCUGAAGACGAUGAUCUUGACAACAACCAGGUCAUGUACGAGUGGGAGCAGGGCUUCAACCAGAAUUUCUCCCAGGAUCAAGUCCAAGACUUGGACGGUCAGUAUGCCAUGACCCGUGCCCAGCGGGUGCGUGCAGCAAUGUUCCCAGAGACUCUUGAGGAGGGCAUGCAGAUUCCUUCCACACAAUAUGAUACAGCAAAUCCUACCAAUGUCCAGAGACUAGCAGAACCUUCACAAAUGCUCAAACAUGCUGUGGUCAAUCUGAUCAACUAUCAGGACGACGCUGAGCUCGCAACCAGAGCCAUACCGGAACUCACCAAACUACUCAAUGACGAGGACCAGGUUGUUGUAAACAAAGCAGCAGUGAUGGUGCACCAGCUAUCGAAAAAAGAAGCUUCCCGUCAUGCCAUCAUGCGCUCCCCUCAGAUGGUGUCUGCCAUAGUCAGGACAAUGCAGAACACAAAUGAUGUGGAAACUGCUCGCUGCACUGCAGGGACUCUCCACAAUCUCUCUCAUCACAGAGAGGGGCUGCUGGCUAUCUUCAAGUCUGGUGGAAUCCCAGCGCUCGUCAAAAUGCUUGGUUCACCAGUGGACUCGGUCCUGUUCUAUGCCAUUACCACCCUUCACAACCUUCUCCUGCACCAGGAAGGAGCUAAAAUGGCGGUUCGUUUGGCUGGUGGCCUUCAGAAAAUGGUGGCCCUGCUCAACAAAACAAAUGUCAAGUUCCUUGCCAUCACCACAGAUUGUCUGCAAAUCUUGGCCUAUGGAAACCAAGAAAGCAAGCUAAUAAUCCUGGCCAGUGGGGGCCCUCAAGCACUGGUGAACAUCAUGAGGACUUACACCUAUGAGAAGUUGCUGUGGACCACAAGCAGAGUACUUAAAGUCUUGUCAGUCUGCUCCAGUAACAAACCUGCCAUCGUAGAAGCUGGAGGCAUGCAGGCUCUUGGACUCCACCUGACAGACCCCAGCCAGAGACUGGUCCAGAACUGUCUCUGGACUCUCAGGAAUUUAUCAGAUGCUGCUACCAAACAGGAGGGUAUGGAAGGUCUUUUGGGGACCCUGGUCCAACUCCUUGGUAGUGAUGACAUUAACGUGGUGACCUGCGCUGCCGGCAUACUGUCAAACCUGACGUGCAACAACUACAAGAACAAGAUGAUGGUCUGUCAGGUCGGUGGAAUUGAGGCUCUGGUUCGCACUGUGCUUCGGGCUGGAGACAGAGAAGACAUUACAGAACCGGCCAUCUGCGCUCUGCGUCACCUCACAUCCCGACACCAGGAUGCCGAGAUGGCCCAGAAUGCAGUCAGGCUGCAUUAUGGGCUGCCAGUUGUUGUCAAAUUGUUGCAUCCGCCAUCACAUUGGCCACUGAUUAAGGCUACUGUCGGUCUGAUCCGUAACCUGGCACUGUGCCCCGCAAACCACGCCCCUCUGAGGGAGCAGGGGGCCAUUCCUAGACUGGUUCAGCUCCUGGUCAGAGCUCACCAGGACACGCAGAGACGCACCAGCAUGGGAGGCACGCAGCAGCAGUUUGUGGAGGGCGUUCGCAUGGAGGAGAUUGUUGAGGGUUGCACAGGAGCCCUUCACAUCCUUGCUAGAGAUGUCCACAACAGAAUAGUCAUCCGAGGACUUAACACAAUUCCACUCUUUGUACAGCUCUUAUAUUCUCCCAUUGAGAACAUCCAGCGUGUGGCAGCAGGUGUCCUGUGUGAACUGGCCCAGGACAAAGAGGCUGCCGAGGCCAUCGAGGCCGAGGGAGCCACCGCCCCGCUGACGGAGCUCUUGCACAGCCGCAACGAAGGAGUCGCCACAUAUGCAGCAGCAGUUUUAUUCCGGAUGUCAGAGGACAAACCUCAAGACUACAAGAAACGCCUCUCCGUAGAACUCACAAGCUCGCUCUUCAGGACGGAACCAAUGGCCUGGAACGAAACUGCAGAGCUUGGCCUGGACAUCGGUGUUCAGGGAGAGCCUCUAGGCUACAGACAGGAUGACCCGAGCUACCGUUCCUUCCACUCGGGAGGUUAUGGCGCAGACUCUAUGGGCAUGGAGCCCAUGAUGGACCACGAUCUGGGUGGGGGCCACCACCCCAGUCAGGACUACACCCCAGUAGAGGGGCUUCCUGACCUGGGGCACACCCAGGAACUGAUCGAAGGCCUACCACCUGGUGACUCCAACCAACUGGCCUGGUUUGACACAGACUUGUAAAUAACAAGACCAACGUAACUCAACACUUCCUACUAGCUGUAUUAUGUGAUCUGGAUGACCCUGCGUCUUGAUUCUCCCACAUGGAGGAGGCGGGAUUUUAGAAAGUGCCUGACGAUGCAUCCUGUCUAUAGGAGCUCCAUUGGGACAAAUUUGUGUGACAAAGUUGGGUUCUGGUUUUAACCAGAGGAUGGUCAGUUGACUUGAAAUCCUGAUGUGACACAUGGAUUUGGAUCUGUUUGCUUUUGAAAUACCUUUUUAUGUACUUUUCCAUUUUUAUCCUUUGUUUUUACUUAUUCCCCUUAAGUCUGUAAUGGUACAAAAUGCUUUUAGCUUGCUUUUUUUUUUCUCCCCCCCCCCAAAUUACUCCAAAUUAUACCCAUUUUGUUAGCUGUACCCCUUUUAUUUUAUUUUAUUUUUUAUUUUUUUUUUGUCUCUGGUAUUAUUAUUAUUUUUUGGGUGAAAAUGAUCCAUCACAGUAAAUGUACAUGACCACAUUUUAAAUGGUGUCAAAACACUAAGGUUAAAUCAGUAUCAUUGUAACAUUUGUGUAGCUUUUGUAUAAAACAUUGGAAGUCAUGGUCCAAAUAUUGAGCUAUUUUCUUGCUUUAAAGGGGGACACUAAGGUGUCUCUGCUGUUCCAAAGGGGUUGUAGCUGGCCGAGCUGACAGAGGGCUGCUAUUGGUCUGUUACUAAAGGGAGGUGGGGGGCUAGUCUAGUUGGUGGUUGCUGUAGCCUGCUGUGUUCUGAAACAAUAAAAUGGACUCAUUAUUUCAA